AUUUGACACAUCUCUGCGACCGCCCGGCACGCCAAGGUUGUGCAACAGCGUGUUUCGGCCAUUGCGGCACACCUCGAACCCUCUUCUUCACCUCCAUCUUUUCACUCUCCUCAGACCAUAAGUCAGACAAUGGCUGCCCAAGAGAAACCUCCGAUCACCUGCCACGUCCUGGACACAAUCAAGGGUCGCCCUGCGGCGUCCAUCGCCGUCACUUUGACGCUGCUGCAACCCUAUGGACCAAGUGCUCCGUUCACGGGGUUAACCAACAGUGAUGGACGGGUGACUGUUUGGACCGGCGAAGCUGGACCCUCGCUUCGAGAGAUCUUCCACAAUGCGCAUGAGCAUGAAGGCGCGCGCUUGACAUGGUCGCUCAAGUUCGACACGGGCUCAUACUUUGGAGAGGGCAAUACUUUCUUCCCCGAGGUUGAGAUCCGCUUCUUUACAACGAACCAAAAGGAGCACUACCAUGUGCCGUUGUUGCUGGGACCUUGGAGUUACACGACAUAUCGGGGCAGCUGAAUGAUUGGCGUUGUAGAGCGAAACAAUAUACUUCGUCGGCAAAGAGAGCCCAUGGACGACAUCGCGGGGUUAUAAGGCUGUUGCCUCACAAAUACUGCAAUUUGUGAGAUAUCAGCCCAAAACAUAUACCUCUUUAUGCAGGAGGAGCAUAACGGCCAGAUAUUGCAGUAUACCAUCAGAAAUAGCACGAAUCGGAAGGUUGGGAUUUGGAUGAUACAUGAUUCAGCUAGUCAGCAAAACAACAGCAGUUGACAAAGAAAUGUGAACGAUAUUCAAUUCGACGCCUCUAGACUGUCC